GGCAGUGCCGAGAAGAAGGUUGCUGACGCCGGCGAUGCCGACAUGGAAAACCCGAAGGCGCCGCCCGCUCUGGUGACCGCUUGCUGCGUCUGCAUGGAGCCGUGGUCAUCCGAAGGCGCACACCGUAUGUGCUGCAUCGCUUAUUGCGGGCAUGUGUACGGCAGAUCGUGCUUGGAGACGAUACUGCGCCGCUGCGAAGACAGACGAGCCAAGUGCCCGCAGUGCACCGACAAAUUCGACCGCAUGCAAGUCAUCGAUCUCUACAUGACGGAAUAUCCUCGCGACGACGGCUGGCAUCGCAAGAUGAAGAUCUUUGUCGAGGUCCUUAAAGGCAAGACCAUCACUCUGGAGGUUGGGAUUUUAGACACAGUUGACAGUGUGAAAGCAAAGAUUCAUGACAAGGAGGGUAUCCCUAUAAACCUGCAGCGCCUCAGGUUCGCGGCUCACGGCGUACUGGAGGAUGGACACACCUUAGGUGAAUACAACAUCCAAGAGGGUUCUACCAUUCUUCUCAUAUUGGAACUGCAGAUUUUUGUGGAGACCCUUCCUGGUAAAACUACCCCUCUCAAGAUCUAUUCGUACUAUACCAUCGAGCAUGUCAAGAGAGAUAUGUUUCUGGGUCAGCAAGAGAAGCUCAAUGCUUAUAUGUUCAACGGGAAGCAGCUACACAACAGCAUUUCAUUGGCUGAUUAUGGCAUCCAGGAAGGAUCUACUCUGCUACUUGAUCGCCGUGCCAAAGAAAAGAUAAAAAUAUUUCUUAUUGAGACGCUUACGGGAAGCAUCAUCACUCUUGAGGUUGCAACCGUGGAUACCAUCGGCGAUGUUAAGGAGAAGAUUCAAGAUGAACAGCAUUUUCCCAAAAACCAACAGUGCAUCAUCUUUGCCAAUAAACAACUAGAAGACGAUGUCACCUUGGCGGAUCACAACAUCCAGAAGGAGUCCACCCUUCUCCUUGUCGUUAACCACCCAUCUCAGAGAGGUAAGAUGACUAUCUAUGUCAAGACGCUGUGGAACAAAAUCUACAUUCUUGACGUUGAGAACAACGAUACUGUCUAUGAUGUCAUGGUGAUGCUCCAAGGUAAGAUGUCCGUUUUCCCACAUGUUCAGCGCCUCAUCUUUGGCGGCAAGCAGCUAGAUGUCAACCGUACCUUGGAUCACUACAAGGUCAAGAUGUAUUCCACCCUCCAUCUCGUGCUCAGAUUUGGUGGAGGCUGAGAUGAU